UAGCAGCCAAUUUGAUAGAUUUUGCUUUGCAGAAGUGUUCAUGGCCUGUUCAGAUUUCAAGUAAUGUGACUGGGGAGUUAGGAAGGAAUCGCUGCCGCUCAAUUUCGAUUUCAUAUUUUGCUCCUAAUAUCCAUGAGGAGACUCACUGUUUUUAUGGAGUUAUAUGGGUGGUUAAAAACCAGGGUGCAAGUGAAAUCUCGGUGAAGUACAGCUCUAAACCACAUCCUUCUGUGUUUCUGCCAACACUUAGGGGUUUGAUCCUGCCACAUUUUCAUUGAAAGGGUGUGUAGAAAGAAUGUGAGGUUUCAAACAUGGGUUUGAGAGCAAGUUUUGCUUAUUCAGAAGUCACAAAAUGAAGCUCCACUUUUUCAUGUCAAGGCAUACAUCCAUUCUCAGAGCAUCUAUUUACAUUUCAUUGACACUAAUAGAAAUUCCACUCAGGCACCCAAAAGGAAAAACUCCGGGAAAGCCUCUGGAUGGAGUAAGGAAAAUGCAGAUUGCCUUUUCUACCUUUGCCUUGGAGUCCAUAACGGUACAGAGAUGAACUGGGCCCUAACGCAGUGCAAGGAAUGUCUAAGCCUUCUUGCAAUCUGCCGUAAGGGGAGUGCUAAGCUGGUUUAUCCUCCAUACAGAAAUGGAUGUUUGUGACACAAAUUCCAUGCAGAUCUGAAACCACAGAUCUGAUGAGGCAGGCAGGAAGAAACCUUGCCCUUGCUCUCCUCAUCUCUUUUUGUGCUGUAGACCUGAAUAGCAUUGGUCAGUGCUGUUUUUUUUCUUAUUUAAGGUCCUGUAGUAUUUUUCCUUGUGUAGGAAGGAUGGAAACAUUUUACCUGAGUUUGUAUUUUAACAGUAAGUAGUGCUGUGGUAUGUCUAUACAAAUGUUGAAACAAAAUGCAGAAUGGUAUCUUUAGAGGUCCACAGUAAAAACACACACUUGCAUGGGCUCUCAUAAUUACUUGAUCAAAAAUGGUAUAACGCAAUCAGAUUUCCUUAUUUUUAAAGGCAAACUGCUGGUGGCUGCUCAAAAGUCGUCGUUUUUACUCCCGUGGAAAGCCGUGACUUCGUGCGACACAACCAGCCCGCAGAGCCGAGGUUCAGCCACGCGGUCAUCCCAAGCAGUAGAUUUUUCACGGCGGGCAGCAUCUCUAGGCAGGGUGACGGCCUCGGGCAACCGGGCAGCCGGCCGCGCAGAAGCCCUCGAGCCAGGGACUGGCCGCGGCCCUCCAAGCCUUCCUGCCGCCCGCCCGCUUCUCCCUCCCCGCGAGGCGGCCGGGGGCGCUCGGGCGCCGCCAUGCGAGGGUAGCAGCGGCGCGCUCCCCGGGCCCGCGCUGCCGGCGGACAAGAUGGCGGCUCCCAUGGAGCUGAGCUGCUGGGGAGGCGACUGGGGGCUGCCGUCCCUGCAUCCGGAGUCUCUGACCGUCAUGGCUUAUGCUAAAUUCUCUGGUGCUCCUCUGACAGUGAAUACUAUAAAUAACUCCUGGAGCACUCCAAAAGCAGAUGUACCAGUUCUCAUAUCAGAAGACACUGUUAUUUCUCAGCCAGCAAAAAUACUAAACUUCUUAAGAAAGCAGAAAUACAAUGCUGAUUAUGAAUUGUCUGCAAAGCAAGGAGCUGAUACACUGGCUUAUAUUGCACUACUUGAAGAGAAACUGCUUCCUGCUCUGCUGCACACAUUUUGGGUUGAGGCUGAAAAUUACUGCAGUGUAACAAAACCAUGGUUUGCCUCAAGGAUUCCCUUCCCGCUAAGCUUGUAUCUGCCUGGAAAGAUGUCCAGGGAAGCACUCAACAGGAUCUUGCUGACCAGAGGAGGCCCUCCACUCUACACUCUCAGUGAAGUGGAAGCGCAGAUAUACAGGGAUGCCAAGGAGUGCCUAAAUCUCCUGUCAAAGAGAUUGGGAACAUCUCAGUUUUUCUUUGGAAAUACACCUACUACCUUGGAUGCCUUUGUGUUUGGUUUCCUUGCACCAGUUUAUAAAGUGUGCUUCCCUAGAGUACAAUUACAAGAGCAUUUGAAACAGCUUACCAACUUGUGUCGGUUCUGCGAUGAUAUUUUAACCUGCUAUUUCAGGUUAACUGUCACAGGCCAUUCUCCAUCUGGACAGGAUACAGCAGAUGCUAAUCUGCAGAAACUCACACAGCUUGUAAAUAAGGAAUCCAACUUGAUUGAAAAGAUGGAUGACAACCUUCGUAAAAGUCCUCAGCACCCCCCUCGGAAGAUAGCAACGCUCAAGCUUGCUCCAGGUGGAGAAGAAAGCAGUCCGUUGAAUCGUUUGUCACCUUGACAGCUUUUGUUGCACACACACGUUUGUUUGCCUUCAAUUCUUCUGAAUAUCACAGCAAUUUUUCUCAUGAAUGUGAUUUUGCAAGGGAAGAAUCUACUGAUGGGUUCAAGUAGGGAAGAAACACAGCUUUACAAUGUUCUGUCUGUCUGUUAUUUUUAAGAAAACUAGAAGUUUGCUUACUACAUGCUAAGUUAAAACUAAGGUAUUAAACAAGGGGCUAAUUCCUGCAGAUACUAGCAUGAUUUUGUACAGCAGGCUUUUGCCUUUAGCAGAAAUGUUGACCAAAAAUUAAAAUGCAAUUUUUAUGGAAUUCCAGUGCAUUUAUAGAAUUUUCACCUUUGUUUUAGUUUAUAGCUUUUGACUUACUGUAGUCACAUUAUUGUAUGUUAGUGGGUAUACUCUUGUAUCUUUCUGAAAGCUACAAAGUCUAGUUGUAGAAUUGUUGAAAAGACUGGAAGAGAAUGAAGCGUUACCCAUCUUUGCAGAUGAGAAGUAAAAAGCAAGGAGAGGAAGUUAUAUACUCUUUAUUGUACAUUCAUGAACACUCGUGUUUGUGUUUUAAGGGGGGGUCUGUAUUUCUGAAAGCUUUCUAAGCUGUACUUUAACAGGAAAUGUUGAGAAGUGUGUGUGCCAUGGAGAGUACAUUGAUUCACAGUACUGAGAUUUCACAGAUAACUCGUAUUAGUUUUAUGUGAAACUGGCUUAACCUGUGCACAGAAUAAUACCACAGGCCAAAAAACUGUAAGUCAAAAUUGCAUAGGACUGGUGGUGAGGUGGAGAGGUUUGAUUUGCCCUUGUUAGGAUGAGUGACUUGGCUAGUAAAUAUACUGUGGAUCUGGAUUGAAUUGAAAUGGUUAGGACUUUGUGAAACAGCCAGUUUAGGUUUUUUCAUUUGCCACAGAUGCCUCUAACUUGUUUUGUAAGCACUGUGGUUCACUGAGAAAUGAUAAUAUAGGACAUCUAAAUUUUAUUGUUUGACGGUGUAGUUCAGAGUUCUUCUAUCUCUGCAAACUGUGAUACAUUGUAGUAUGUAUUUAUUCUGUAUAAUUAAGGGACUUGGGUCUCAUUACACUUCUUCUUAGUAGCAGUAUUUCCUGUUCAAUGGACCCAAUCAAUUCUGUCACAAGAAAGCUGCUGUAAUGCUGUGUUGGUAAUGUAGUGGUAUGGUAGGUGCUUCAAGAAUGUUGUAAUCAGAAUUAGUCAAGGAGAUGGACCAAAAUGGCAGCACUGGGGAUACAUAAUUCUUGUGACUGUAUGGGAUGACUCUUCUGAUUUUUUUUUCCUAUUUUUUCUAGCAGAAUCAGGGUAGUCUCUUAGAAUCCCUUCACUAUUAGUCACAUUUGAGAUACAAAGUUAAAUUAUUUACUGUUUAUACUGAUGACUGUAGAUUGUGUAUAUAAUGCACUUUCAGAUUCUGUUUAAGGAACGUAGUAAUCUUCAACAUUUCCUAAUUAUAACUAAAAUGUUGGGUGUCUAAUGAGCACUUUAAGGUUUAACCUUUUGCUCGUAUUAGGGUAUUUGUUUCAGUGAUUUUGAAAUGAGUUUAGCAUAUGCUCAUGGUAAUUGAAUAAACUGACAAUCUAGCGCGUAUAAAAGUAACUAAAAUGCUUGAAGUCUUUACUGCUUGACAGGUUUAAAUGAGAUCGGGUCACAUUGCUUUUCAAUGUCUUUUAUUUAUGAACACGUAUAUGGAGAAUAUGCCUUAUUCUGUUGCUGUUGUGAAUAUGUACACUCAGUCUUUAAAAUCUCUUUGUAAAAGGAUCAUUGUUCCAAGAUUAAAAUUUUAGACAUUUGUUGGAGUUUUGAUAGUAUUUUUUAGUGCAGAUUGUCAAGAUUUUGGUUUUUUUUUGUCCCCACCUUGUAUAAAGCUUUGUUCUUGUGUUUGUUUUUCUUGUUUGCUUGUUCUGUUUUUUAUUGACAGGGUAAACUGCUAACUAUUAGAAUUUGGAACAAUUUAGUGUAUUCAUAAUGCCUGACUUAAAUUUUAGUUGCAGCUCAGUAGCAUCCCUUUCUUUCAAGACAACUGCUUUUAUGGUGAUACUAAGAAGCAUAGGUUUUCUGAUCUUUUAAAUGUGAGCUUGAGCCAGUGUGACAGCAUAAUCUGCUUGACAGCUUCAUUCACUGGAUGGCAGACGACAGCAGGGCUGGAGCAGGCAUUACAUGCAGUGCUGUACUCAGUCCCAGACAACCUGUGUGGUUACAUAGCCAUGUACUUCAUUUCUUUUCUUCUAAGAAGAAUUCAGAAUCAGACUCCUUGAUGUGGAAAGUGUCAUGUCUGGUCUGACAACCCAGACUUGCCCUUUAGUUUACUGCUGUCUUUGUGUACCGGCAUCUUGAAGCUGGGUAGUUAGGAUGCCAAAAAGGGGAUAAGUUUGAGUAAAUGUAGCUAUCUGCAUUGAAAUAAGUCAAAGGUCAUUAUCUGGCUAGUGGAGAAAGGUUUAGUUGCGAUUUGCAUCCUUGCAGUAGAUAUCUAAAAUAGCUAAGAGAGAUCAGUCUUUAAACUGUUCAUCUCUUUUGAAUGUAAAGGAAGCCAGAUGCAGAUCCUUACAAAACAGGGUGAAAACUGGCUGCAGAGACUGACUUUCCAGUAUCUGAGACUGCAGAUGGUCUGCAGGCAUAAGCAGUCGGCCGUUCUGGCCCAGCUGUAGUGGAGCCUUGAGACCAUCAUAUGCAAGCUGUUUUCUAUGUAGAGAAGCUUCUUGUUGUACACACUGCACUCUCAGAAUACUGUUGUGGGGUUUUUUUGUGCACACACCUGCAAAAUGUUAGUGCAAAUACCUUUGUGUUUUUGUUGUAUUGGUACUACCACAGCAGCUAGUAGGCCGCCUCCUCCCUGCCCUCCUCUUGGAAGGUGCAGGCUGGGACAGGUUAUUACCUCUCAAGCAGCUCAUCCAGACCGCUGCACUUUCCCUAGUGAAGGAGGCUGCCAAUUUUAAGUGAGGUUAACCACUCUGGCAGGUUGCAAAUUUAACACUUCUACUUGUAGGCAAUCCUGAAUUGAAAGCUUAUCUGUAGAUGUUGUUAGGACUAUUCUGUAUCUUUCCAUGAGGUGGUUGUGGGAAUGGGCAGAUGCCUUUAGUGUUUCCAAGAUAUCUUUACAGAUGUCUUUUUCUCCCUUUUAAAAUAUUGUUGUGAUACGUUAGUCUUCUAUAUACACUUAAACAUUGCUUUUGCUAAUGUAGCUUAGUACUACAUUAAGAAAAAAAACUUGACUGUAUUUGAUUCCUGGCUAAAACAGUUUCUGGACUCAACCAAGGAGGAUUCCUCUCUUGCUUGGGUUGUUCUUGGCAUUGCAGUAGGAAUCGUUCUUUUUUUUUUCUUCUUUUUUUUUUUUUUUUUCCCCCAUACAGAAAGGCAGAGUAGCUUUUUACAUAGUGUGACAAACGACGAUGUAGCUCAAAUUUGGCUGGUCUACAUUGUUGAUAGCAAGGAGUCCUAACAUAAAGAUGAUAGCAACUAACAAGAUACUGUGUUAAAAAUAUUUGCUGGCAAAACCAGCAAGUAAUAACCAGCUAAAAGCCUCCACUGUCACAAAUCAUUUUAGUCUGUUGUUAGUGGUUAGCUUGAAUACAUAGUCCCUGUUAGUGCUAACCGGUGCCCGUGAGGUGAUUAAUUUUGAUGCAUGUGCUUCUUGCACUGAUACAUACGCCUUUAGGAUCAGGACAUUAAACACACAGGUGGUAUUAAAAAGUCCCACACUGGGCUGGGCUGAUCAAAUACCAGAGCAUGUGACCAAGAGCUUUCUACACAGAAUCCAAACACUGUUCUCAUCCAGCCCCACCUGGGCCAGUGGACUCUGGUCUCUUCCACCCCACUGGUUCACGCAUUUUGGCCAUCAUGGGUGCUCCAGUCCAUGUUGCAGGGAGCUGCUCAAAGUGUUCUCCUGAGCAGUUUCAGCUUGCUGAGUGUUUUGACCCCAGGGAAUGUGAGGGAGCACCCCUAGGUGGCUUUGCAUGGAAGAGAGUGUGCGUACAAAUCUUUGCUGGGAGAGGUGAGAAGUGGUUGAGUGUAGGCAGGCGGUGGGAUUAUGAAAGUCAUCUUCACCAGCCACCAAGGGCCAGAGUGGUGGGGGAGUCCAUGAUUUUCUGAGGGUUUUGAAGAAUAAACAAGGAAAGGACUUGUUAUGCAUUAGACCAGUCUGGUCUAGUGCAAGACUAAAUGGACUAGGUUUACUGUAAAUUUCAUUGAAAGCUAAGCUGAGAGCGUGAAUUAAUGAUAGAGCAACUUGAAUACCACAGUAAAAAAGAUCUUGCAGUAAAUGUGCCUAAGGCAAGAGGGUGUUUGCAGUGCUAUUCAGCUUCCUUCUGCUCAUUCCUUCUCACUGAAACUACGUGCUUUUUUUUUUUUCCAUCAUGAAUGUCAAUGUUCUACAUUUUUACAAUGUUGAAGUGUUGUAUGUGAGUCUGUUGGUGAUCUACUCUGUUACCAAAAUACAGAGUGUUCCAGGUCCUUAAUUUAAGUGAGUGCAGAGUUUCUCUGAGUGCAGAGAAGUUGCAUACUUUGAAUUUCAAGCAGGCUCAUUAAGAGGCUGCAGUCCCUUUGUAAGCAGCCAGUUCUUGGCUCACGUUUGCCAAACCAUUUUGAUACAGCAGCCUGUCAGUCCUCACAAACACCUCACGGAUUUGUUUUCAGGAGCGUAGAGGUGAGGGAGGGAGUGUGUGCACAGCUAAGUGUGAUUCUGCAAAGCUAUGACCUACACAGAGCAACCUUUAAGCAAAGGAGGUGGAAGUCCAGUUUCCUGUGUAUUUUUUGCUGCAGUGGGUGAUCAUUUAUCAGUUAUUGCCAGCUGAUUUAGCUGUUUGGACAAUGGCAGUUGUGCAAGUGGUGAUAACAGUCAUGUUGGGAACUGCCCUUUCCUAUGUGAGGAACAGACUAUUUUUCCACACUGUGCUGUAAACAGCAUCCCCCUGCUGGCCCUCUCACUUUGAUGCAUCGCUCCGUAUUGACUUCCACAGAGCUGUUACUGCCCACCUAAGUUCUUAUAUGGUUUUCAGCACUUGCAGUUACUUGCUUAUGUAGGUAAUUAUUUCAAACAAAUUUGGCUGAUUUGCUUUUCCCUAUACGUCCUCUAGUUGUUUUUGUUUUAAAUCAUAAGACGGCCUCUCCAAUUUUUUCCAUUCCUACAGUCAGUUGUAUUUACCUGCCUUUGAAUGCUAUAGUGUUGAAGAGUCAGAUGGUAAAGGGAAAAUCUUUCAGUCUCUACGUGGGUUCUGCCUAUGGGCUGUCUUUGUGUUUUGACAGUUAUAAGAGCAUGCAUACUCCCCUCACCUUCCCCCUCCCCCCCCCCCAAAAAAAAAGAGAAGGAGAAAGCUUUAAAAAUCUUUUCCUCUCAUUAUUGAAAUACAAGACCCAUACUUGCUAGAACUGGGUGCUGGUAUGUCCAGCUCAGGAUUCCCUAACAAAAUUUACAUUUAGCUGUGGUCACAGUGAGAGGCAUCUUUAGAAAUUCCUCCAGCAGCACUUUCUACCACUCAACAGUGGCCAUGGGGAGGAGGAAGGGCUGCAGCUCCUUCAGGCCAGCAAUGAAUCUUCUACUGAAACUUUUGUUGGAAAAAGAAUGUUUUUUGAUCUUCUGCAUUCUUCAGGGGGGAAAAAAAAAAAAAAAAGUACUGUUUCAGGCAGGAAAGAUUGCUCAUACCUAGAUAGGAAUUUGACAAGGAAGGGAACUGAUGGAUGUGGGACAGGUUUAAAUUUGCUAUGCUCUGUGAUUACAUGGGAGGGUGACUUCAGCUCUCUGCCCUUAGCUAAGGAAAACGAGAACUCAUCCAGGCUGCUCCACGGCUCUAGGCAAGCAUAUGAGCCAAUAGAUUAGUAGCUGCUCUGCAGUGGGCAGUGAUACCUUAUUUUCCCCAAAAUUCUUGAAGGGCACUGUUUCCUCAGUGCAGGAUGUGAGAAACUUGGAAAUACUUCAGACUUUCAUGGGGCAAGGAAACAGUUUCCCAUCAAUUCUGUCUUCUUUCCUAGUGGCUCACAAAGAUUGUUCUGUUUAUCUGGCCUCCUUGUUUUAGCUGAACCUGGCAGCUGUCUUUCCAGAAGUGUGUCUUGAAAUGGUGUUGGCAAUCAGUGGCACCCCAUGUAAAGAACAAAGUGACAUGCUCAAAAGGGCUGAAGCAGGCAAGAUGCUUGCUUUUUUUUCCUUUUUUUAUUUUUUUUUUCUCCUGAAGGAUAUUUUGUAGUCAGUAUGGUGCCAGAUUCAGCGUUGUGCAGGCCUUGAGUAUCAUCUCCAAAGUCUCUGUUGUGUUUGCAGCUCUGCCUGGCAGAUGUCAAAUGCCACCAAAGACUUCAGGAAGAACGAGGGCUGCUGGGUUCACAGUCCCCCGGUGAACGAAGGUGGGAAAAGCAGGAGUUCACCCACAGGCAUGACAAGCACUGCUUCUGAACAAGUCCCAAGUGGGCCGGAUUCCCGUAAGGAGGCUGCUGAAGGCUGAAUGACUCAUGGGGCUGCUGUAGAGGUGGGUGUUCUUGAGGAAUAGGGGGGGGCUGAUUUCCAGGGGUGGAUGAAUGCACAUGCUCAGUUUCUAAUGUGGUUUGUAGCCUGUAAAACCUUGGCAGAAUGUGAGUUUGCUGUUUUAUCUGGCAGAGUAAAGGAAGAUUUCCUUACCUCCUUCACAGUAAAGGCAUGCGUUUGUAGCAGUCUUGCCCACGCCUGCACAUGGCUCUCUUUUCCGCACUCAAAUUUUUAACCCAUAGAUCAGGCACCCCAAAUUCUUGCAUGCCUUUUGGUUUCUCAAGCCUGCCGAAGUCUGACAUGAAUGAAAAAUCAAUUUUGAGAGGUGGUUUGUUCACCAUUUGAGUAAGAAAUCUGCCCACUGGAAUAAAGGGAAACAUCUUAUUUCCUGUAUCAUAAAAUGUACACUUGGAAGAAGAAACAAUACAUGCCAGAAUGACAUCUGCUCUAUGAAUUGUCAAGCUAUAUAAAAGGUUUUUGACAGUCUCAGAGCCUACAUUGUUUCACUGCAUCUGCUGCUCUGUUAAACCAUUACUGAAAUUGUAUAAUGCCACAAGGGGGAGGGUACAGAAUAAAAACAGACUGCAUUUCUUCCAAAGACCGUUUGAAUGAAGUAAAAUAGGCUACACUCCUGGAAGUUACCCACAGGAUGCAAACCAUAUGAUUUUCAUUGAGCAAUUAGCUGCUAGUUCUUGACAAUAAUGAUACCCUUUGCAUUCUCUUUCAGUCACUUCAGUGUGGUCUGAGAUUUUAAUAACUUUCUUGAGUGUUUUCAGCUUUAGUAACACCUCCUUUUGUUGUAGGAUACCAGAUGCCUCCCUUGGGCUUGGUUUGAGGUAAUUCCCACAAAAAUUUAGGUAAUUCAGCAUAUGGAGGUGGAACACCCUUUAAAGAAUUGAUGUAUAUUCACUUCAAACAUUUGCCUGCCUGUUUCUUCUGACAACAGCUGAGCAUAUAUUAACUUGCCUCUACUUUCUCCCUGUUUUUACAAAACUCAUUUUUUCCUCACGCGCUUUGAAGAAGCCUUUGGUGCUGUUACAAGUCAGAGCAUUAAAACUGCCUUCAAAUAAAUGAAAUAGUUUGACGUGGUGUAAGUGUUGUGCUGCUUUUGAUCCCUUGAUCUUUGCCCUUUUUCAGGACCUUCCCAGUUACUCCGCAGAUGAGUUCUGCAAGAAGUUACCAGUAACCUGGGGUUCAUCAUGGUAAGGUACCCCACUGUUGCAGGUGGGAUGUUGCCUUUCAGAACGAGAAUCAGCUAUAUUUCUAGGUCUUUCUUUACCAUGCAAAUGAGGUUAUAAUGAGCUAAAAACUGUUUUGCAAAUAAAGGAAUGCACUUCAUUUGUUUAA